GUGAAAACUCUUCAGGAGAAAGGAGUCUUUACAGAGUGAUUAUGCAUACGAAGUGUGAAGUGUAAUCUAGGAACCAUAGGAAAUUUUGGUGAUUAAAGAUCAUGGCAACCAUAGAGGAACUGGCCCAUCAAAUUAUUGAACAACAAAUGGGAGAGAUUGCUCAUUCCCAAGGAACUAUUACUCAAACACUAAUGGAUGGGACAGCACAAAGAAUACAAAUUGUCCCAGCGGAUUCAGGUCUCUCUUUACCACAACGCAUACAAAUUGUCACAGAUCAACAGACGGGCCAGAAGAUUCAGAUUGUUACCGCACUUGAUCAGAAUACAGCAGGCAAGCAGUUCAUCUUAACAAAUCAUGAUGGCUCUACCCCAAGCAAGGUGAUCCUUGCCAGACAAGAUUCCACUCCAGGAAAGGUUUUCCUAACAACUCCAGAUGCUGCAGGUGUCAACCAACUGUUUUUUGCUUCCCCUGAUUUAUCUGCACAACACAUCCAGAUUUUAACAGACAAUACUUCAACUGAACAGUCCCUAAAUAAAGUAUUUGAUCUCUGUGUUGUAUGUGGAGACAAAGCAUCAGGACGCCAUUAUGGAGCAGUAACAUGUGAGGGAUGCAAGGGAUUCUUUAAAAGAAGCAUACGAAAGAAUUUAGUUUAUUCAUGCCGAGGGGCAAAAGACUGUGUUAUUAACAAACAUCAUCGAAACCGAUGUCAGUACUGUAGGCUGCAGAGAUGCAUCGCGUUUGGAAUGAAACAGGACUCUGUUCAGUGUGAGAGGAAACCAAUUGAAGUAUCACGAGAAAAAUCUUCAAACUGUGCAGCUUCUACGGAAAAGAUCUACAUCCGAAAAGAUCUGCGCAGCCCACUAGCUGCAACACCAACUUUUGUAACGGACAAUGAAACAGCAAGAUCAACAGGACUGCUAGAGUCAGGAAUGUUUGUAAAUAUUCAUCAGUCUGGAAUAAAAAGUGAGCCUACUGUGCUUAUGACACAAGAUAAGGUUGAGGCAUGUCAAGGGGAUUUAAGCACGCUGGCAAAUGUAGUAACCUCAUUAGCAAGUCUCAGUAAGUCCAAAGACAUGUCUCAAAGUAGUGCUGAGCUGUCUAUGAUUGAAAGUUUAAGCAACGGAGAUACAUCAUUGUCUGAACUCCAUCAAGAAGAACAAGCAAGUAGUGAUGUUACCAGGGCAUUUGAUACACUUGCGAAAGCACUAAACCCAGGAGAGAGUGCAGCUUGUCAGAGUUCUGCAGAGAGUAUUGAAGCUAAUGUACAUCUGAUUGGUGGAGAAACAAGCAUGAAUAUUGUUGAAAUAGAGGGGCCACUUCUCAGCGACGCACACGUAGCUUUCAGGCUCACCAUGCCUUCUCCUAUGCCUGAAUACCUGAAUGUUCAUUACAUCUGUGAAUCAGCCUCUAGACUGCUCUUUUUGUCCAUGCACUGGGCACGCUCCAUUCCUUCCUUCCAAGCUCUAGGGCAAGAUAACAGCAUAUCAUUAGUAAAAGCCUGCUGGAAUGAACUUUUUACGCUUGGUCUUGCACAGUGUUCACAAGUGAUGAAUGUGGCAACUAUAUUAACUGCAUUUGUUAAUCACCUGCAUGGUAGCUUACAGCAAGAUAAGCUGUCUACAGAUAGAGGAAAGCUAGUGAUGGAACAUAUCUUCAAGCUGCAAGAGUUCUGUAACAGUAUGGUUAAGCUUUGCCUCGAUGGGUAUGAAUAUGCUUAUUUGAAAGCAAUUGUCCUCUUCAGUCCUGAUCAUCCGGGUCUAGAAAAUGUGAUACAGAUUGAAAAGUUUCAAGAAAAGGCUUACAUGGAAUUUCAAGACUAUGUAACAAAAGCAUAUCCAGAUGAUACCUACAGGCUGUCUAGGCUGCUUCUCCGAUUGCCUGCUCUCAGACUGAUGAGUGCUAACAUCACAGAAGAGUUGUUCUUUGCAGGACUGAUUGGAAAUGUUCAGAUUGACAGCAUCAUUCCAUAUAUCCUAAGAAUGGAGACGGCAGACUAUAACUCUCAGAUCAUUGGUCAUUCUGUGUAAAUGUGGAAAACAUGGAUUCUAUACCAAGGUGAUGUACAUCACCAAGGCAGUCAUGGCAUACUGUCUCCAAGAGAUAGCAAAUAAGCCUUCCCCAGCAACUUUUAAAAAUUCAAAGAAGGCUAAAAGUCCUCCUUUCUAGUACAUUUGGGAAAUGCUUCAGUGUGUCCUGAAGGAUGCAGGAUGAUUUCCUUUUUUCACCUGGUUUUCAAGGACUUGUAAAUUAUCUGGCAUUUAAUGAAAAUCAAGAAUUAUCCAUCUUAUUUUUGUAGAUAGAUGAACCUGGAAUAUUGUUUAUGAAACCCAAAAUGAAUAGGAAAAUAAAGACUGCGGAAGAAGAGCAUUGACUGAACUAAGGUGUCACUACUUAAUUUUAGGGAAAAAAUAAAUUAACUUUCUACUCUGA